AUGGCUGCCCGGGCUUUAUUUGAGCUAGCGCAGGGGACUCUUUCGUGCCCCGUAUGCUUUGAUCUUAUGGAUCGCCCUAUGUGCUUUAGGUGCGGACACGUUUACUGCGCUAACUGCGCUGAUCGUUGCAUCAGUGGCCGCCCGAUGUGCCCGCUCUGCAACUCAUCAGUCCAGAACAUUCGGCAGGCCAGGCCGCUCCCAGCUCUUGCCAAGUUGGUUUCUUUUGUGCGCAGCUUAGGCGGCGCUGCCGACGUUCCGCACAGCCAAGGCGAUACCACCUUUGCUGUUGCUGCUAAGGGUGGGGGGAAAGCCACAAAUAAUGCGUUGCUUGCUCCCCCAACGACCGACAAUGCACCCGUUUCGUCAUUUCCCAGAGUUAAUGGAGCGGAUCCGCAAGCAACGGCUCCAAACAGUUCCCUAGAUCCCGGUGAGACGGAACCCUCGACGCCGUCGACGCCGCUCACGCAUUUGCAUGAGAACGGAAUGAGUUUGGGGAGUCAGAUGGCGGGGGACCCGACCGUGCAGCCCUCGAUAGCGGGGGAGGGACGAUCUCAGCCUGUAUCCACUACGAUGCCACCUCUGCAGCAGCAGGCUCAACGGCAGACAUGGCCGUCCGCAGAGGAGGUGCUUCCACCGCCACAACACCAACCGCAGAGUUAUCGUGUGGAAGUUGAGCGGUGUAUCAUACGGGUGGAGGGCGCGGGCGGUUAUGCACUUGUAUACCAGGGAACAUGUGCUUUAUGUGGUCUUGACAUAUCUGAUCGUCAACAGGUUUCAAAGCUUCUGCGGCAUGUGCUCACCAUGGAUCCUUCUUGUAACGAGGGGCAGGUUCGUUUGGUUAGCCAACGGACGCUUGGGCUGAGAUUAGGUCCGCUGUGGAAGCUGCGCUUCGGGGCCUUCGGUCAGGCCUCCCCCAGCCUCAGCAACGGAUCGGACGUCAAUACGAGGGAGGGUGCUGCGUGCGGAGGACAAAGUGAUGGGGGACCUUCUUCGGAGCUCCCCGCAGUGCUGCUGCACCAGACGUGCCUGGAGUGGUGUAUGCUCCGGCGCCGCAUAAUCGAGGGGGCAAACGCUCUGACAUUGAAUGUUGCGGCUACCGUACUUCAGAGUUUGCACGCAGGUGACAGCGAGACUAUUUGUAGCUUCUGCCGCAUAAAGAUUGGCACUUGCCUUGUGCCGUGUGCACGUUGCGGGAGGCGGUCGUAUCACUACCCGUGUGCAUUGCUGACGGGCGCAGGUGUGUGCCAGUUGUCUGACGUGUUUGGUAUUCUUGUGUGCGUGGAGUGUCAGGGGCAACACUAA